AUGGGGAACUCUGCAUAUUCAAAAAUCCAAGGGGAAGGCAAGAUUGUCCUAAAGAUGACUUCUGGGAAGGAUCUGACUCUAAAUAAUGUACUAUAUGUUCUAGAUAUUCGUAAGAAUUUGGUGUCUAGAUCGUUGCUAAGCAAACAUAGUUUUCGCUUAGUGUUUGAGUCAGAGAAGUUUAUCUUAUCCAAGUAUGGGAUGUUUGUGGGAAAGGACUAUAUAGUCAAUGGAAAAGCUGAAGGGAGAGGUGGAGAGCAGGUAUGGGAAACAGAACUUUGUGAAGUGGAGGCAGGUGUGGUGUCACGGAUUUUAUGUUUCAGAGGUGAAGACACCCGCUAUAAAUUUGUUAGCCAUCUUUAUGCUGCUUUAUCAGCAAAGCAUAUCUCAACUUUCAUGGAUGAUCAUGAACUUCAGGUCGGUGAUGAAAUUUCCCCCACACUUAGCCAAGCUAUCCAGAAUUCCAAAAUUGGGGUUAUCAUUUUCUCGAAAGAUUAUGCUUCAUCUACGUGGUGUUUGAAUGAACUGGUGGAAAUUCUUGAAUGCAAGAAAAGAAAUAAGCUGAGUGCUGUCAUUCCAAUCUUUUAUGAGAUAGAUCCAUCGGAUGUACGACGACAGAAGGGGAGCUAUAAAGUUGCAUUCGGUAAACUUGAAGAACGUUUUAAAGACGAAAUGGAGAAGGUGCCUCAAUGGAGGGCUGCAUUGACAGUAGCGUCUAAUCUAACUGGAUUGAAUUCGAGGAAAUCCAGGUAA